UUUUAAUAGAUUAGACGCCGAUUGCCUGAACAAGAUGCCAGUAACCCAGAAUUGUUAUUCCAAAAAGAGGUCAAAGAGUCAUUAAAGGACUGUUUAGAUCACUACGACAAAAUAGUUUUGGUAAUGAAGGAAAUUGCAUCAAGCAUAAUGGAAGACGCAUCUGCUCUACAAGACCUUACCAGUGGUAGCAGUCCAGCAGCUGACAAGAAAUGCCAAGAUCAUGAAGGAAUAAACAUAAAGAAAUUUGAUGAGAUAGCAUGCAAUGCGUCAUCUUCAGUGUAUGGAAGGGAAGAUAAAGGACCAUACCAAAGUAUAAGAGGGUCAUGCAGUAAGCUGGUGACAGUUGUCAAUAAGAUAUGCCUGGCAAUACAGGAAGGAGAAUAUGAUGGCAAGGCUAAUGUAGAUCCAAAGCAUGUGAAUCCUGUUUCUAAACGUGCAUCCAAAGUAAAAGCCGAGAUUUGUGAUAUGGAAGGUCUUGGACUUAAACUUGAAGCAAAAGACACAGAUAUUAAAGAACUUAGAAAGCAUCUCAAACUAAAACAAGAAGAAUUAAGUGAAGGAAAUGUGAGAUUAGGUUUGGUUGAGAAGAAGUUGGAAAAUGCCAGCAGAGAGGCAGAUGACAGGGUGGAGAAGGUACAGAAGAGACUACAGGAACUCCAACAAGUAUCUAAAAAGAAAGAAAGAGAAUUUGAUGAGACAUUGGAUCACAUGCAAGGUGACAUUGACGCAUUGGAACGUGAAAAGAGUGAACUGAAAACUAGGCUGAAUACAUUAUCUAAGAAAACUUUAUUGGAAGGUCUGAGUCGCAGCCAAGGUCAGCCAUCUGGAAUUGCUGCAGUCGUAGCUGGAACUGCAUCUGCACCUGGAAUGUCUGGUGGUCAGGGUACACAGGUUGUCAUACAGGACUCUCCUAUGUUAGUAGAACAGUUGGAUGUAUUGCGAAAUGCUGUCAGACAUCUGAAGAGAGAAAAUACCAGAUUAAGAUCUUCACAAACAAAGGCUGUAUUUACGCUAGAUCCAUUAAUACUUCCAAAGAAACCAACUGGAUUAGCCAGUCCGACUGGUUUUGUAGAGUUGGAUUCUGAGACAGCUCAGCCAUCACAGUUACUCUCAUUGGUUAGAAGAACAAAUCAAGUACAAAAGGAAUUAGAAGAUGUAUGUGCUUGUCCUAGUGUUGUUGAUAUAACUAGACGUAAACCUGGACAGUUACCAGCAGUUACAACAGCCACUCCAAAGAAUCAGCUUUUGAACAAUAUCACCAAGGUGCAUGAUCUCAAUAAUUAUGUUACACAAUUACAGAACGAGAUUCGCAGAUAUGCCACAAGACAGAGACCAGGAGCACAGGCCAAGUCAGACUUUUCUGAGUUCAAUUCAAAUACAUAUACUAAGGCUGCCCAUGAGAGAUUGUCAACAUCUGUAUGCAUUGGUAAAAUUAGAGUACCUGUUGGUAAAGGAGAAGAACCUAAAGUGGUUGCCCUCAAUCUACAACCACAACAUUUAAAAGAGAUUCAUGAACAUUUUAGAUUAUAAGUGUAUUACUUAGUAGAUAUUAAGAUUGCUUCUCUCUAUGCAUAGUUGUAUAAUGCUCUCACAUAUCUGUGACAUUUCCUUACAUUUGUGUGUUUUAUUGUGUUUGUGUCAUAUCUCAUAUUUGCCUAAAUUGAUAAAUUCUGUCAGUUUACAUAAUCUGAAACAAAAUCUUGAUAUUCAAAUGGUUAUGAGUCAUCAACAUUCGCCUUAUCAACAGAAUCAAUAUAGACGAUAAUUAAUUUUUUUCAUCACAAUUUAUUUAUUUUUGUCAUACCUUAAGUUUAGCUUGGAAAUUUUAAAAUGUUGAUUUUUGAUUCAUCUUAAAACUAAAUGUUUCCUGAUCUAGUUAAUACAGUACAUGUUUAGGAGAGGCAGACUGUAAAUAAACAAUUUCUGAAUUACCGUCAUAUGAAAUGUAAUUCUAUUUGCGCGUGUGUAAUUUGGCAACGGGUGAAGGUAAGACCAAGUCAAAAGAACACCAAAGGCCAUGCACCCCAGAAGAUGUCAGCGGCAUAUUUGAAAGAGUUUUUUUUAUGAUGGCGGAGUGAGUGUGAGUUGUUACAAACGAGGGCAGCUAAAACUAUAAAAGACAGUUGAGAAAAAUGGAAAAUGGACUGAAAUGGUACGUGUAUUUUGCUGAGGAAAUAUGACCGUAACAGUUUUUCAACUCCUAAAAUACCUGCAAAAAAUAUUGCACUAUAGCCAAAGAUAAUUUGCAUGUUUGUAAUUCUUGCUUAAGCAGAAUACUAGUAGUGUACAAAUUUUCAGAGGCUGGUAUGAGUAAGGUAAAGGAUGGCAGUUUUAUUUGAGGGUAAUUUGGAUGUUGCGAGUUGAAACGUUCAAAAUCUGUCCUACCUUCAGGUUUGUUGACCUCAGGUCACACAGUAUGUGUAAGCGCAUAAACAAUAAAUGCCCAAAUGCUAUCAAUUCAAGAAUUGAUAACAAGAGAGCCAAAGGACAUGUUUGAUCAUGUCCAUUUGAACUGUGUAACCAUGGUACAAUGACAAGUGUGAAAAAGAACACUAUUUAAGGGCCAUCUCAGGUCUAUUGAAACUGUAAAACCAUGACAAUGAACUUUUCCUGUCAACUUUUAAAUUUCAUUAUUUUUUUGGCAAAGGGUUUUAUUUUUUCGUUUACAUAUUUGCUCUGAAAAGGAAGUUACUGUAUGGUAUUGCCAUGUAAUUUAUAAAAGUGUUAAUUGUCCAUAUUAAAUAUUUUCCUGUCAACAAAA